AACACAUUUUUUCUGAGAAAUACACAGCAUAUACAGGACUCACGUUGGUCUCUGAUAUGGCCUGCAUAACUCAAUUGUGCCUUGGCCAUUUAUGAAUAACAGGACAUCCCAAACUUAUGUAAACACAACCCUAAGAUGUAUUUUGUGAUGUGUUGUGUGUAUGUAUCCAGCACCAUAUCUCAUUUGCGACAUGAAUUCAGCAGCUGUACUAGAUAAGCAUCACUGUGCACAACAUGCAUGAGGCAUCAAGGAGAAAAUAAUUUUGUCACCGAUAACCCCUUCCUGUGGUACAAAUCGUGUGCAAAGGGAAGGGUCUGGGAGAGGAAAUUCUCCCAUCAUGAAGAUCCUCCCACCAAAGGGCAGGAUUUACUUUCCAGUAGAAUAGGCUGCAGAGUCUACUCUGAAACCAGGCAGAUCCCAAAGACCUGUGUGAGGCCAAAGAUACCAGGAUGGAAACCUCCAUGCCACUGCACUGGCUCUGUGGCCCUCUGAAGUUCCAGCUUCCACAGCUUCCUGACAGAUGCAUAGGAUCUUGAAGAAUAAGACAAUCCAAGCACCAAACCUCCAUGACAUUGAGAAAGCAUUAACUGAGGAUCUCCAGACUAUAGAACAAUACUUCUGGAAAUGGAGGCUCAAACCAAACCCUGGAAAAAUAAUAGGUAAGCAAGCUAAGGACAAGACAAAAUUUUCCCCAAAAAAAUCAUGCAAGGAAAGAAGAAAGAGAAAAUUAAAACAAAAGCCAGUUCACUUCCUGACACUUCCAUUCUUGAAAAGUUUAUGAAAACCUAUGAAAGGCAUUGUGCCUUUUCCCAAAGCUCUGUCAGUGGCACGAUCAAACGGAGCUUGAGAAAAUGCAUAGAAAAUGAAACUAUUCUUACAAAGUUUGUGCUCACAAACUCUCAGAAUUCCCAGCCAGUCUUCCUCACACCUCUAUUAAGGACAAUUAGAGAUGAACGGUAUAUGUUAGGAAAGGAACUCUGUAUCUGGGGAAUUCAGCUAAACGAUCAAGACAUUGUAAACCUUGCAAUGCUUUUAGAGCGGAAUGGACAUACCAACUAUCCCUUUUGUACUCUAGAAAUAACUCAUGUUCCGAUAGAUGCAUGGUCCAUGGAGCGACUUGGAGCAGCUUUCCCUUUCAGCAACUUGAACUCCAUUGUUCUAGAUUAUACCAAGUUUGGAGAUAAAGGAAUCAAUGGACUUGUUUCUGGAUUAGAGGGAAACACAAAACUUCUAACCCUCAGCUUAUGCUACUGCAGUUUGGAACCUGAAAGUGGGUCCAAGUUAGGCCCCAUUGUAGCCCAAACUGCCAUUUGCAAUCUUUAUCUAAAUGGUAACAACUUGCAAUGUUUGGGUGCCCUUGAGCUCAUCACAUCAAUAGCUAUAUAUGCAGACAAUCUUGGAAGAGAUAAGGAAACAAAUGCCUUCCUAUUCAACAAUUAUUCUGAUAAUCAAGUACCAGAAGCAGACAAAGAUUUGGGUAUCCACUCAACAGCUUCUGGCUUGAACGUUGCUUCCAAAACAGGAAACUCUAACACAGUGGAAAAUAGUAUGAGGAAGGAAAAGAAAAGAAAAGGAACUAAAAAAAAAGAAAAGAAAAGUGAAGUUGGCCCAUGGUUAGUUAAAUUGCAUUUGGCUGAUAAUGGUAUAGAUGGAAGAGGAAAGGGAGGAGAAAAGAUGGUCUUGGAGUUCACACAGUUUUUAACUUAGUAAGUUAUAAGUAAAA